CAGUCCUGCCCCGCAUUGUCGUUAUCCAACAUCUCUGCCGAAAACUAUUAUCGCAUAAAAAAGUCUAUAUUAUCCUCAUCGCUCUGUCCUUGUUUUCUUCUAAUCUCUGCAUCCCCUUCAUUAUUUCUAUGAUGUCCCGCGACUCGGUCGAGUAUAAUCAACCUCCUGGCUUUGGAUAUUUGCGCAGCGGAGCCGAAGGAAUGGAGUCUCAGAGAAGCACAUUUCUGCCAGUGGAUCGGCGUGGAUCGGCGAGCUUCUCGAUCUACGAAGGCUUCGAAGUGCCAAACAGACACAAUCCCGGCGGCAGCGCGACCUUGACUGGUUUAAACGUGACGUCUUCUCCCAACUCUCCUUCUUACCUCCAUCAGCGACACGCCGGGCAUUCGCCGUCUCCUAGUAAUAGUCCUCACUCAGCGAUAACCCGCUCUACUCUUUUUUGGGGUAACCUUGAGCCGUGGAUGGACGAAGAAUACGCUAAACAAGUUUGUGGACUAAUGGGUUGGGACCCCAUCUCCCUAAAAAUUCCCCCUGGCGAUCCGGAUACCACCACCGGUCAGAUUGCCAAUAAUCCUGGAUACUGCUUUCUUACCUUUCCAUCCCAAACUCACGCCGCUUCUGUCCUUGCCGGCCUCUCUGGGAGUCCGCCUAUCACAAUGCCCAAUUCGACGAAGCCGUUUUCCAUGGGUUGGGCGUCGCUGGUGCCUUCAACAACGUCAACGACUGUACCAACAACAACCUUCGGACCGCCGGCGACGUCUUUGGCACCCCAGCCUUAUCCCAAGGAAUAUAGCAUAUUCGUUGGCGACCUCGCACCGGAGACGUCUAACUCUGAUCUUGUCGCUGUUUUCCGUAAUCCAGUUCUUGGUCUCCGCAACGAUCGCGAACCCAAGUUCAUACGUCCAUUCCUGAGCUGCAAGAGUGCAAAGAUCAUGCUUGAUCCUGUCACAGGUGUCUCUAGAGGCUAUGGCUUCGUCCGGUUCACUGACGAAUCGGACCAGCAACGUGCAUUAAUUGAAAUGCACGGUCUCUAUUGUCUUUCUCGCCCCAUGAGAAUUUCGCCUGCAACGGCCAAGUUUAAGCCUGCGCCUACAAUGGUACCCCAAGAUCUCGCCCAAUUUCAGCAGUUUGUGAGCAGCAACACCCUUCCUGCGAAUAUCGCCGAUUCCGUCACCAUUGCUGUUUCACUCCCGCAGAAGACAGUCUCUUAUCCCAUCGGUUCUUCUACUCAACCUAUGUCGCCCAUCAAUGCAACACCCUCCACAACCUCUUCUCACUCAGCCUCUUCACUCGCAACCACCGCGUCGACAUCAUCGCUGGGCGCUAUCAGCACGGAUACUGGCUCCAGCGCCAGCAUUGCAACGACGGCAGGUGGUUCUGAGAACGGAACUGGCCCUACCAAACUGUAUGACUCAAACCCUGUCAAGUCUGCACUCUCGAGUUCUAUCACCGCACCAUUUGCUCAGGAGGUACCACGACUUCCUAUGGACUAUAACCCCGCUAUGGGAUCCACAAUCGCUGAGCGAUUCUUGAUAAACGAAGAGUCUUGGAAACAUCACACACAGGCUCGCGCCAUCCUUGGAAACCUCAUCGGGCCAAACGGCGAACAGUUAACGUCCACGGACCCAUACAACACCACCGUAUUCGUUGGAGGCUUAAGUCCCCUUAUUCAGGAAGAGACUCUUCGCACCUUCUUUGCACCAUUUGGGGACAUCCACUAUGUAAAGGUUCCCGUUGGAAAGCACUGCGGGUUCGUCCAAUUUGUGCGCAAAGCUGAUGCUGAACGUGCCAUCGAGAAAAUGCAAGGAUUCCCCAUUGGCGGAAGUCGGAUUCGUUUGAGCUGGGGAAGAAGUCAAUAUAAAGCUGCUCAAGCUGCAGCUCAGGCCGCCCAGGCUGCUGCGAUGCAAAGCCAAUCUGGACCACAAACUCUUCACAAUAUGACGAUGCCGAUGCCUUCCUCACUACAAUCGGACAAUACGUCAGUGUCCGCGGUGUCCACUGCGCAUCUUACGCAAGAGCAGGCCAUUCAACUUUUGCAAAAACUCAGCCAGCAAACAUACACGGAACAGCCAUUCUCUUUCUCGUCUUCACCGACCUCAAGUUCCAUGAAUGGAGUAAACGUCGGAGCUUACGCUAACUCGAUUGCCCGUGGUGCACAAGGGGUUUCAUCCGCGCACGCUCUUGAGCGGAUGUUUGUCAAUCCUUCACCAACAACGGCAUUGUAUUCGGAGGAACAGCUUCGUUCAGCACAUCUCAGUGGCAGGGAAGAUCUUGUAGGAGCUCCAUCUUAUAAUGGAUAUUUUGACCUGCAGACUUUUUCGGCGCAACAACAAGAGCAACAGCAUCAGGGUCAGCAGGGACAACCAUCUACACGACAAUCUUCAUCGGUUCCGCAUGCCCACCAACCGCGGUUUAGUCAACAUCUUCAAUUCCCGCGAGAUGCUGUAGCGGGCGCAGUUCCGUUUUCGCCUUUCUCGCCUGAUCCUAAUGCGACUCAUGUGUACCACAAGAAUGUCUUUUCAGACGCACAGGGGAGAGAGCCACACGGAUUUCCCCCUCUCGAUGAGCCAAUUGACACUGGAGCCAGUUCAGCAGCCAGAUACACAUCCAGCUCCGCACGUCCUCCGAGUGUGUCGCAGUAUACUAGUUUCCAGGGUUUGAUGCCUCGGCCAGGCUCCGGUUCAACUAGUACGUCUCCCACCAAUCGCACCAACAUUCCAGUACCCAUUUCGAGACCCUUAUCCGGUCAACCUACCUCUACGUCGGGCGUUGACCCAUUCGAAAUGCACGAUUUGAAUGGAACACUUGCUAGUCUUGAUCUCGGGGAGGCCUCUUUAAGCAGCGUUAUGGACAGCAGGCCGUGGGGAGUGAAGAGCCCUGCAGGAAGUUCAGAUAGUAGUGCCUCGGUGCAGUUCCAAAUGACAAGGGACGAUGUCACGUCAAGUUAGAGGCGCUGGUUUAUUGGAAAGAAUGGGCGACCCGAUAAUGAUCAAGUCACACGCAUGAUUCUCGACUCUGCUCUCGGAUUGAAUUCCCGCUCAGCGAUUACCUUUCUCAAACGAUUCCUCACCAAACAUUCUAUCCUCUGGUUCUUGAAUAUUUCCCCUAUGAACUUUUUCUUCAAUUCCUCUGCGCUUUCCGCAUGUUCUUUGUUUUAAGCCUUUUCCUCUCGUACUGCCUGCAAGCCCUUGAUGUCACAUU